AAAUCACCCUGAUACAGAAUUCCUUGUCCCACUGUGACUGGCCUUAGCGUCGUGUAGCAUUCAUUCACAAUGGACAUACAUGUAUUUUCAAGAUGGUGUUUCAUGUUGGCAGCUAUUAGUAUCGGAUCUGUACUUACGACAUCAACAACAAAGCCGUCUACUACAGAGGAAACUACUACCACGACACCUUUUGUGGUCCCAGGUAAAGUCAACAAUUUGAAGACAACAGUGGGGACAUCUUCGUCUGUUGGAUUGUCGUGGUCGGCCUCAACAAGUGAUGUUCACUUCACCCAGUACGUCAUCUACACAAGCAGGGGAGACGAAUGUGUCCAAGCGGCAAUUUUCCUGUGCCUCCCCAACAAUGAGUCUUAUUCAGCUUCCAACUGUAAUUACAUUCUUGCUGGCACUACUUGGACAUACGCCCAAUGCCAUGGUAAUAUGACGUACAGCGUUACUCAGCUGGAUUCGAACACAGACUACACAGUUUCUGUCGCUGCCACAGACAGGUUUAUAAUAGGGGAAAACUCUACAAUAACAGCCAAGACUCACAUUGGAAUUCCAGCGUCACCAGCCAACAUCCGGGGAACUGCUCUGAACCAUUCCGCCAUUUUGAUUGAAUGGGACGUUCCCUCCCACAAUGCUGGACCAAUGUGGUACGAUGUUACGGUUCUUAAGGAAAUCGACAGGGCGUCUGGUGGUUAUAUUGCGGAUCGCGAAUACAAAGUUGAAGGCCAGAAUAGCAGUUCCUUCGUAACAACGGAUUUGUUGAGCUCCUGGAGCUACAUGUUCGCCAUAACAGCCAGCACCAAGGCUGGAACCUCAAACAUGGCAACAUCCAAACCUGUCAAAACACUGCCCUCUGCUCCAGGUGAAGUGCAAAAUAUCAGUGUAAAGUUUGACCACAAUCAAUACCUGACCGUCAGACUCACCUGGGAAUGCCCCCCUGAGAAGAUGAGGAAUGGGCACAUCACGAGCUACACAAUCUCCUACACAGGCAAUAUAUCCCUGACGUUGACUGCAGGAAGCUUCUACCCAGAGGAUCCUUGCAGCGCCCCCCACACGGUGUAUCUCCCUGUCAUCCCAGACGGGAAGUACAUUGUUCAGAUCUGGGCCAACGCUGAAUUUCUAGGAAACAAAUCAGCAAUGAUUUUUGUAGCAGACCGCGAUAAAAUGUACUACAAGGAUUACAACACAACUGUUUCAACAGCAGAUGCCCAAAGCUUAAUAGAUGUGUCCGCCGCAUGUGGUUCCAUAAUAGCAAUCCUUAUUGUGGCUGUGAUUGCUCUUGUUCUAACAAGGCCAAGAAGUGUUUUACCUGAAGAAGGACUGAAGUUUGGACAAAGGACUAUCUGAUCAUCGGCGCAAACCUGCAUGGAGCAAAAUUAACAAAAUCAUUUUAGAUCAAAGAAUAAAGUUAUCCUGGAACGA